AUGAAAAAUAUAACCGAUUCUUUCCUUUGUUUGGGCUACUGGCCAUCCGCCGGAAGUUUCGGGUUUAAUACCGAUAUUUUAGCAACAAAUCCAAUAAAUCUUAGUGUAGUGUUAGGUGUAUUGGUUUUUUUUGGAAAGGGAGUGUUAAGUGAUUUAUUAGAUAAUCGAAAACAGAAAAUCUUGAGAACUAUUCGAAACUCAGAAGAAUUACGGGAAGGGGCCAUUGAACAGCUGGAAAAAGCCCAAGCCCGCUUAAGGAAAGUCGAAACGGAAGCAGAUCGUUUUCGGGUGAAUGGCUAUUCUGAGAUCGAACGAGAAAAAUUGAAUUUAAUUAAUUCAAUUUAUACGACUUUGGAACAAUUAGAAAAUUACAAAAACGAAGCCAUUCAUUUUGAACAACAAAGAGUGAUUAAUCAAGUCCGACAACGGGUUUUACAACAAGCCUUACAGGGAGCUCUAGGAACUCUAAAGAGUUGCUUGAACAACGAGUUACAUUUACGUACUGUCAGUGCUAAUAUUGGCAUGUUUGGGACGAUGAAAGAAAAAAUAACUGAUUAG